AAUGUUAACAAGCUUACAUUUAUAUAUUUAAAAAAAAAAAUGAUAAGCGUCGCACUCAUUAUACUUUUUCUUGCUAAAGUUAUUUCCAGAAAAUCGAAUGAUUUUAUAUCUGUAAACCCUGAAACAAAUAUGUUUAUUGAUGGCUAUGGGCGAGAAAGAUUUUUUCACGGUACCAAUGUUGUGGUGAAGCAUUUUCCUUUUCAUCCUGAAACUACAGGGUUUAACAAAGACACGUUUUCUGAAGAUGACAUGAAAAUUCUACAGAAGUUUGGAUUAAACUCAAUUCGAUUAGGAAUGAUGCUACCUGGAUAUGUGCCAAAAAGAGGGGAAUAUAAUGAAACUUAUAUAAAAGUUAUACAAAGUAUUGUCACUACAGCUGCAAAGUAUGGUAUUUACACACUGUUAGACAUGCAUCAAGAUGUUUUUUCACCAAAAUUUUGUGUAGAAGGCAUGCCUGAUUGGAUAGUUAACACACAAGGAGCAAAAGAUUUUCCAAUGCCAAUUCAUAAACCGUUCAAUUUGGAUCCUAAAACAGGAUAUCCAUACCCUGAGGAUUGCGCCAAGUUUUCAUGGGCAGACUAUUAUUUUACUGAAGCAGCUGGACAAGCUUUUCAAAAUCUUUACGACAAUGUUGAUGGAUUGCGUGACGAAUGGGCACAAUUUUGGAAAAAAACUGCUGAUGUUUUUAAAGAAGAAUCUAGUGUUAUUGGAUAUGAACUCAUAAACGAACCGUUUUGUGGCAAUGUAUUUAAACACCCGACAUUGCUGAUUCCCGGUGUUGCCGAUUAUCUCAACCUACAACCAACAUAUGACGCAUUACAAAAAGCUAUACGUCAAGUUGAUAAUGAACAUAACAUAUUUUUUGAAGGAGUUACAUGGGACUUUUUUGAAGUUGGUUUUACUGAAGUUCCUGGCGGCAAACAGUAUCAAAAUCGGAGCGUUCUUAGUUAUCAUUAUUAUGAGCCGCCAGACUUUUCUAAAAAACUAAACUUUGAAGCUCGUUUGCUUGAUCUUAAACGAUUGAAAUGUGGUGGAUUUCUUACUGAAAUGUUUACAGUUGGAACAGAUUUUAACAGCAUGUUUGAAAUGUUUGAUUUAUGCGAUAAAUUCAAGCAAAGUUGGCAUGGAUGGAUGUAUAAAUCGUACGGGUGUAUAGAGCAAAACCUGGGUUGUUUGAAUAUGUCUUCUCCAGGUAAAGAAUCUAUUCAAAUUGCGAACACUUCAAGAACGUAUCCACAGGCGGUGGCUGGGCGUACGCAAUCCUACACAUUUGACAUAAAGACUAAAGUAUUCACAUUGGUAUACGAAACUGUUGGCAGUUGCAAAAGUGGUAGAACCAUUGUUUACUUUAACAAAAAUCUUCAUUAUCCUAACGGAUAUCGCUAUGAGAUAAAUCCAAAUUUCAAAGUAACCCCCAGUGAAAAUGAAUACCUUCUUUAUUUAGAUGAAGUUAAUAAAGUACCAAACACCGUUGUGACAUUUAAACUUUUUCCACUCAGCUUUACUGAUAGUGAAGAAAUUCAUCUAGUAACGGUGAUGGGUGAUAAACAUCUAUCAGAAACUCAUAAUGAAAAUGAAAAAAAAUAAAGAGUGAAAAUUAUAUUGGAAAAAAAUAAUUCGACUUUAAACACAUUUUAAAAAUUACUUAUUAUAAAAACCUUUUUUAAAUAUUUUUUAAUGUAAAAUUUUAAAAAUCAAUGUAGUUAAUAUAAGUUUUAAAUAACAUUUAUGUUAUAUUAUUUAUAAAUUGUAACAUUUAAAGCACAGGUCAGCAAAAUAAUUUUUUUUUUUUUGGUUUUUAAGAUAUCAGGUAUGAUUUUGUAUAAUUUGGUGUGCUGAAUUUGAGAAUAACAUUUUAUGAACCAGA